UGACGUUGACAUCUUGUGAAGGUACGAAUACUUCGGAAAUAAAUAAAAAUCAUAAAUGAAUUCAAGUUGAUAUUUUGCGUCUAGUACACUCGUAUAUAUUAAACUAUUUGAACAAUAGUAACAAAUGUCUAAGUACCAGGAGAUUGUAAAUUUAAACGUCGGUGGAACAAGAUUCUCAACAUCAUGGCACACACUUACAUGGGUGCCAGACACAUUUUUCACAGCCCUACUGAGUGGCAUCCCCACAGUCAGAGAUGAAAAUGGGGCAAUCUUCAUAGACAGAGACCCAAACUUAUUUGGUUUGAUACUGAACUUUCUAAGGACCCGUGAUAUAGACCUUAAUGAUGUAAACAUAAGAGCUUUGAGGCAUGAAUGUGAUUACUUUGGCAUCACUCCUCUCAGUAGAAGGCUGGCAUUGUGUGAUGAGAUGAAUCACUCCUCUUGUGGUGAUGUUUUGUUCUAUGGAUACCUACCACCAUCAUUAAACACAUCCAUCAGUAACAGCAACAAUGGAAGGAACGGUAACAGUUGCUCAAGGAAGAACUCCACAGCAUCAAGCACAGAGGUACCAGUCAACAGGACACAUUCCAGGAACUCCUCGCUUGACCUGCGCACUGUCGGAAGAAUACCUUCACAGGACCAAUUAAGUCGAUGCGGUAGAGGACACUCAAGAGCCGCUUCUCUCGGCAAUGCAGACUGUCACAAAGGCCACAGACCGCCUGAAAUGAACACAUGGUCAGACAGUAUGAAAGUACAAAUAAUAAAAGCACAUCACAAUUGGAUAGCUGUUGCAUUCACACAUUAUGUCACAGGAUACAGAUUGACAGACUCAUGCGGCUGGUACGUUGUAUUCCAAUCGCCGGUCCAGGAGUCAGUUAUUGAGAGGAUAGCGUUGAACGCGAAGACUGGCGGCGGCGGCGGCGGUUCCAGCGGUAACAACUCGACCGGCACUGACGUCAUGCUCGGUAUCGCGAGCGGGCCGUUUGUGAGACUGUGGGCCUUCUCUACGCAUAGCGAGCCCACUAGGAUGACGCUCAUUGGUACUUUCAACCUCGGUGUCCGCGUAGAACAUCUUCUGUUCGUGGGCCCUCAGCUAGUGGCGCUGAGCGGCGCCGCGAGUCGCAGCAAGGCCGGCGUGUGGCACACCAGCACGCAACACUGGCAGACGCAGGAUGUAGCGCAUCUCACUACGUACGACACUGCCGGCUCGUUCCUACUCCUCGGCACUGCUACGGGAGCUAUUAAUUAUAUAGAUAUGCAAAAGUUCCCACUGCGAAUGAAGGACAACGAUCUUCUCGUCACGCAACUGUACAAAGACCCUAACCAAGAACCAAUCACAGCUAUAUCUGUAUACCUCACACCAAAAACUAAUUUAUGCGGCAACUGGAUCGAGAUAGCGUACGGCACGCGCUACGGCUCCGUUCGCGUGAUCGUGCAACAUCCGGAGACGGUGGGGCACGGCCCACAACUGUUCCAGACGUUUACGGUGCAUCAGAGUCCUAUUACUAAGGUAUCUCUAUCAGAGAACUACUUGAUUUCGGUGUGCAGCGAGUACAACCACGUGCGUUCGUGGCGCGUGACGCGGUUCCGCGGCAUGAUAUCUACGCAGCCCGGCACCACGCCCAACGCCGCCUUCAAAGUGCUGGCAUUAGAGGCGCCUACUGCUCAACCACAUAACGACUGCGGUCCAUAUGGCGAACAGGACGAGGAGCAAAUAUUCAUUCAAAAAGUGGUACCAGAUACGGAUACAUUAUAUGUACGGCUUGCUUCAAAUGGUAAAAGGGUGUGCACGAUCCGCUCAGUGGACGGGUCGGCGGUGUCGUGCUUCGUGGUGGCGGAGUGCGAGGGCGCGCUGCGGCCGCGCCGCCUGCUGCUGUGCGGCCACCGCUCCGGCGCCGCGCAGAUGUGGGACCUCACCGCGCCCAUCGACUGCGCCGCCGUUGCCGCCGCCCAGCGCCCCCCAGGCGAAGGAGACGAAUCCCCGACAGCCGACGGCGGUCCAACCCCCGACGAGCUAGUCCGCUUGUUGUCAGCGUGCGACCUGGACGCGGCGCCCGUGCCGCAGUCGCCCAACCGGCCCAUACAGGCGCCAUGA